AUGAUGCCUGUUGACUCAAUUCACAGCACUAUUGAAAGUUUUGUGCGUAAUAAAACAGUAUGGGCUCCUUCUGAGUGGCCAACUAUGCUUACUAAUGCUAGAAAUAAGCCUAGAAACUACAACGUAAAUGUUUUAAACUAUGGAGACUUCAUGGAUUGGAAGAAUUUUUCACAAGCUUUAUUACCAGCAAAAUUUAAGAUUAAUUUUAAUUCAUUAAGGGUGGUGCAAUUUCAUAAAAAUAAUCCUAUUGUUAAAUUUCAAUACGGUUUUUUCGAAGAUAGUGACAAUUACGAAAUAAACAUGGAUUUCAUCAUCAGAUCGAGAGCAAACAAAGCUAUUGUGGAAAAGGGACCUACACCUUUAUACGCCGAAGAGCUCAAACUUUCAUUAGCUAAAUACAAAGAUUUACAGGAUCUGUGUAACAAAAAUUUGAUUCCAAACAGAUACCAUCAAGAAUAUUUAAGUAUGAAGCAUGAUGAAAACGUACGUGAUGCUUUAGCUGAAACAGAUGAAGAUGAGGAGAAUUAA